ACGCAACCUUCUGCUGCAUGGGUGACAACUUUUUUUUCUGUAAACAAAACGCAAAGCAAAACAAAUCGAUAUUCGGUAAAAUAACAAGGGCAGCCCAUCGGUGUCUGCAACAUUACGGCGUAAAAUGAGUGCUACACUGGUGAAUAUAGCUGAGGAGGAUUUCUUCGGCACGGUCAUACGGUACGGGUUGUACGUUGGGGCCAUUUUCCAGAUGGUCUGCCUGGCGGCGUGCAUCGUGCUGCCCGAUUCUUCGGCCGGCGGAAGCGGUGAUCCGGGAAGCUGGUCACCGAAGAGUAACGACAGUGAAGAUUCUAGCUCGGAACAUUCGUCCCCGCAAAACACACCUAGAAGACCGUACCACCGUAGCCGUAAGCAGGACAAGAAGAAGCGUCGUUAAGCGUUGCGAUUUAUGUCCACCAGCAAGCACCAUCGACAGCAUUCCAACGCUCUAGUCCUCCUGCAAUGUGUGAGAUGUUUGGUUUCCGCUAGCUUCUUCCCAUCGAUAUUGUAGAAUGGCUUCAGUCUCACUUCUCUUAAUCCGGCAUUGGAACAACGGAUCUCAGUGUGUACUUAUCAACGGCUACUAGCGACAACUUACUGCUCGUACCAUUCUUGACACCCACCUGCAAAAAAAUGGGGUUUAAAUGUAAUUUUGUAUUUAUUGCCACCACAUUAAACAAUUGUACUUUGGAAACAUA